AUGGCAGCUAAUUUUCAAAAAUAUACAAGAAUUGCUAUCUUUGGGUGUUUGAUAUAAGAAAUAAAUUUAGAGUUGUUAGUAAAGAUAAUUUAAAUAAUCAUAAAAAAAUUCUUUACUUUUAUUUAAAUUAGGCAAUUAUUAAAUUUUUUAUAAACCAUGAGGGAAAUUUUAGUAUUGCAAUUAGGGGGUUUUGGUAAUAAAAUGGGAGUAAAAUUUUGGGAAGAAAUGUUUGAAGAUAGUGAAUUUGGAAGUGAUAUUGAUUAACAAAACCAAAAUAAAAAUAUUUUGCUUAAUUCUUCCAAUGUCGUGUAUUAUAAUUUAAGUGAGAAGACACCACUUCCUCGAACUAUUUAGGUGGAUUUAGGACAGGAUUUACCCUACUCAAAUACAAAUUUUAAUCCAUGUAAUCAGUUUUCAUUUAAUUACUCAUCUGGCAAUAAUUUUGGAUUUGUAAAAAACAAUUGCUGCAAUUAAGUUAUUGACAUUAUUUUUGAUAGGAUUAGAUAAGAAAUAGAGUAAUGUGAUUCAUUAUAAGGAUUCUAAAUUUUUGCAUCCAUAAUCGGUGGUACUGGAUCUGGUUUAUCAGCAGUUUUAUCUCAAAAGCUUAAAGAUGAAUAUCCUAAUGCCAUUACUUAAUGUAAUUUAUUAGUUCCUUCAAUCAAUUUAAACGAUGAUUGUGUAGUUUCACCUUACAAUUUUGGUUUAGCAUUUAGUUAAUUGAUGGAUUCUGCUGAGCAAUUGAUAUUUUUCGAUAAUCAAGGAUUAAAAUAAAAUCUAAGUAGAUUAGGCAUAUAAUUUGAUUAUUAAGAUGCAAAUCUUCAUGUUGCUUAAACAAUAUGUUGUAAUUCUUCGCCAUUUAGAAAUCCUGGAGAUAUUAAUUCUAGUUUGAGAAAACUUUCAACAAAUUUGAGCCCUUUUUCAAAUUAUAAAUUGUUUACUUGCAACAUGACUAAUAAUCAAUACAGCGAUUACUAUAAGGAAUAUUUAAAGAUGGAUGAAUAUUAAAUUCUUAAGGAAUUAAUUUCAUCAAAUCACAACCAAACUAGUACUGUAUACACUAAAGGAAGAUUUCUGUCAGCUGCACUUAGUGUAAGAGGAAAGGUAUCAAAUAAGGAAUUAGAUAAAUACUGCUCUUGUUUAGACUAUUUUAUAGAAUACCAGAGACAUAGAUUAGAAGUUAGAAAGAAAUACGAAGGAAUAAAGAUGUUUUUUACUAACAUCUGUUAGAAAAAAUAUUAAAAUUAUGAAUUUUUUGGAAGUUCCAUUGUUCAUUCUUCCAGUAUUACUUAAUCACUCAGUAGUAUAAGCGAGAAAUUUAAGAAAAUGUAUCCGAAAAAAUCUUAUGUCCAUAAAUAUAUUCAAGAAGGAAUUGAGGAAUCAGAAUUUGUGGGAGCUUAAUCUAGGCUCGAUGAUACAAUAUUUUUAUAUCAAGAUACUUCGGACACAUAUUAAGAUGAAAAUGUUGAAGAUUGGGAAUGA